GUGGGGUCUGAGGUCUGAGGUCUGAGCUGGUCGGGCUGUGGAGGACCGUGUCGUCGAGGUGAAAACACCCUUAGUUUUCCACUUUAAAGACGGAGGAUAGGCCGCUUCAAACUCGACGCUGACCCGGUUUUCACUCACGGAGACAAGCGGUGUAAGCUGUUUGUGAACAUGCCUGUGGACUACACCUCUGAGCUCCUCAAGUACUAUGAGGUUUAUGAGACCAUUGGGUCAGGCGGUUUUGCUAAAGUCAAACUAGGCAGGCACAUUCUGACAGGCGAGAAAGUGGCCAUCAAGAUAAUGGAGAAGAAAGACCUUGGGGAUGACCUGCCUCGUGUAAAGACGGAGAUUGAAGCUAUGAAGAACCUCAGCCAUCAGCACGUGUGUCGCCUUUAUCAUGUCAUUGAGACGAACAGCAAGAUAUACAUGGUGCUUGAGUACUGUCCUGGAGGAGAGCUGUUUGAUUAUAUUGUAGCCAAAGACCGGCUAUCUGAGGAGGAGACUCGAGUGUUCUUUCGUCAGAUCGUUUCAGCUUUGGCCUACGUCCACAGCCAGGGGUACGCCCACCGUGACCUCAAGCCGGAAAACUUGCUGAUUGACGAAGAUCACAACCUGAAGUUGAUUGAUUUUGGCCUCUGCGCCAAACCAAAGGGCGGUUUGGGUUAUGAACUGAUGACCUGCUGUGGAAGCCCAGCCUACGCAGCUCCAGAACUCAUCCAGGGCAAGUCAUAUAUUGGUUCUGAGGCAGAUGUUUGGAGUAUGGGUGUGCUGCUGUUUGCUCUUCUCUGUGGCUACCUCCCAUUUGAUGACGAUAACUGUAUGGUCCUCUACAGAAAAAUCACAAAAGGCCAUUAUGACAACCCCCGCUGGCUCUCUCCUGGUAGCGUACUGCUCCUAAACCAAAUGAUGCAGGUGGAACCAAAGAGGCGUUUGACGGUGAGGCAGCUGCUGGACCAUCCGUGGGUGAUGAAGGGCUACAGCAGUCCCGUGGAGUGGCACAGCACGCGCCCGUUGGGUCACAUAGAUGAAGACUGCAUCACUGAGAUGGCUGUGUCGUUCAAACAGUCCAAGCAGAGAACCGUCCAGCUGGUGUCAGAGUGGAAGUAUGACCACACCACAGCCAUGUAUCUGUUACUGCUGGCUAAGAAGCAACGUGGCAGGCCAGUGCGGCUCAGAGUGGACGUUCCAGUGCAAGACCUUGCCUGCUCCCCUCUGCAAGAAAUACAGUUGAAGAAGAGUCUGCAUUUUAAUGAGGAUGAUGACGAUGACUAUGAUGAUGAUGAUGGUGUGCACCGGGGCUCCAUGGUUUUCCCUGCCGAUUGCUACGACGACGACAACGCGUGGAUCCCCCUAACGCCCAAAAGCACACAGACUGCACACACUCCACGCACAAAACCCCCCUAUCAGUCAUCUGAAAAGAGGCAAGGCGAGGUAGGCCAGUCCCCCGUCAUUGACCAAAGGAAGCCACGCCCACGGAACACAGAGAAACGUGAGCGCACCAGAGAGAAUAAAGAGAAUUUAACAGUGUCCAGUCGAGACGGGAACGGGUUUGCUCUGCCAGCUCCUGUAACUCCAGUGUCCAGCAGGAAAGGACGGCCCAACAAAACAGCUCAGUCUACACCCGUUAACAACAACAUCAUACAUACAGCUGAAACACAGAGAGAAUCGUCCCACAGGAGGGCAGCGGAGCAGCAGCAGAGUGGUCAGCAGGGAGGAGUGGAGAUCCUGGUCUUGAGUCCAGAGAGAAGGUCACGCUCUCUGGACAUGGCGGGUUGCCAGCUUGACAGCGGGCAGAAGCGUAAAGCAGGGAAAGUGUUUGGCAGUCUGGAGAGAGGCCUGGACAAAGUCAUCACCAUGCUGACCCCGAGCAAGAAGAGAGGCCUGCGGGAUGGACCGCGCAGGAUAAAGGCACAGUACAACGUGACGUUGACCAGCCAGACUAAUGCAGACCAGGUGCUGAACCAGAUCCUCAGCGUCUUACCAGAGAAGAAUGUGGACUUUGUUCAGAAAGGCUACACGCUGAAGUGUCGUACGCAGUCAGACUUUGGGAAGGUGACGAUGCAGUUUGAGCUGGAGGUGUGCAUGCUGCAGAAGCCCGAGGUGGUGGGCAUCCGACGACAGAGACUGAAAGGAGACGCCUGGGUGUACAAACACCUUGUGGAAGACAUCCUGUCUACGAGCAGCAUCUGACCGCACCUGAUCUGUCUGUCCACGCGGUCAGCUCCUGAGUUUGACUCGUCCAGAGUCUGACAAGCUCCUGGCUUGAAUGUCAUUUUUCACUGGCAUUUAGUUUUGGAUGCAGAACUUGGUCAUCCACUGACAUUGGAGUGUCUUCUGUCUCACAGUCAUUCUGUUUUACAUGCCAUGUAUUAGUGUGUAUUGUUUUACAUCAGUUAGACGAGUAAUGCAAGUGUAUUCUCUGUUUUGUCCAUAGAUAUGAAUCGUGCACUUUUUCAAUAUAUGGAUUCCAGUUCAUGUAAAUAUGGAAAACCACGCAAUGCAACGUCUUUUAAAAAUCAACUACUUUUUAUCCUGUUUACUUUCUGCAGAUUUUAGCAACGUCUUCUGUCGUUUGUUCAUUUUACUCUGUUCUUGCAUCCUCUCUUCUUACAUGUAUAUUACUUUACCUUUCAGCAUGUUUGCUUGUCUACAGUCCAGUUUUAUGUUAAUAUUAACAGUAAGAUUUGUAGCAAAAUAAAGCAGUUUUAUGAAAAGUGUCAUUUUAAGCUAGUUGUGUAAUCUGUGUAUAAUUUGUCUUCAUUGAUGUAAGAUACAUAAAUUCAGAUGUGUCUAUAGUACAUGGCUGAUGCUUUUGAAGGGUUUAGGACUGAACAUGUAGAAACAGCAAGGAGAAAUUCAUUUUUAUGUAACAUUCAUUUCUGAAUGGGUUUUUGAAUGAUGGUUGCAUCCUAAUUUUAAAAGUAUUAAUGCCUUGAAUUCAGUUCUGAUUUCUCCACAAUCCAUUCUUUUUAAUUAUAAAUCAAAAACGGUUGCUGCACAAAUGAGAAAUGGUGAUGAAGUGCUGGAAAUGCGUAUGUUUACUGAAUUUCAAUGCCAGCCUUGAAUAUCAGUUACCAAAUCAUGUUUCUUGGUUGUACAGUAUUGUUAAAACAUUGAUCGUGUUUUAUAAGCAUUAAUAAACGUGUCGUAUUUAUAGACUU